UUUUCCCGCCUGACGAAAGCCAAGCUACUUAAGAGGAGCGUCGAAGCCCCUAGAAGCCGCGUCUUCAGUCAGGGGCGACUAGCUAUGGUGCCGUCGGGGAAGAAGCACGGGGGCAGGUCCGGGAAGGCCCUGGAGGAGCAGGCCGCGCGGGCCUUCCACUUCGAGCGGGAGCAGCAGCGGAAGGCGCUGAGCUGCUCCGCCGAGGACGCCGCGCAAGGGAAGAUUUCAGUCAUUGAGAAGCACGGGAAGAAAAGGAAUUCCGCGGGCCUCGUUGAAGAGAUGGGGGGUGAAGUGCGGACUAUGCUGGAAAGAUUUGGAGUUGACAUGAACAAGGCUCUUCUUGCCAAGAGAAAAAGACUUGAAUUGUAUACCAAGGCUUCUAUCAAAACCAGUAACCAGAAAAUUGAACAAGUUUGGAAAACUCAGCAAGAGCAAAGGCAGAAGCUUAGCCAAGACUUUUCUCAGCAGUUUCUGACUUUGUUUCAGCAGUGGGAUUUGGAUGUGCAGAAAGCUGAAGAACAAGAAGAAAAACUAGCUAAUACGUUUCGUCAGCAACAGAAGAUUUUUCAGCAAUCUAGAGUUGUUCAGAGCCAAAGACUGAAAACAAUUAGACAGUUAUAUGAGCAGUUCAUAAAGAGUAUGGAGGAGUUAGAGAAGAAUCAUGAGAAUCUACUUACUGGUGCACAAAAUGAACUUAGAAAAGAAAUGGCUAUGUUGCAAAAAAAAAUUAUGAUGGAAACUGUAAGUCAUUUAAAGCUGAAAAACAGCAGCAAGAGAUGGCAAGUGUUCGAAAGUCUCUUCAAUCCAUGUUAUUCUGAUGACUCUUUGAAGAAAGAACUUGAACCUAAGUAAUACGAUAACAAUUACAACAUUAGCUAAGAUGCAUGCUAAGUCUUUAGAGUGGUUUAAAAAUUCUAGUUUAAAAUACUAUAUACUAUUAUAAGCUUUAGUGAAGACUCCUGUUAAUUGUCAAAUAAACCCUUUUUAGUGGUUAGCAGCAAUUCCUGAAAUAUCUGUACCAGUUUCAGCUUUAUAGUAACUGAAGCUUUCUAACACUUGUAACUUAGCUUUCAACAAUAAAGAUGAUUUAUUUCAAGUUUUAGCUUCUGUGUAUCAGUCCCAAAAGGUAGAAAGCAUAAAUACAGGUUACAUUGUUCUUUAAAAAA